AGAAUUUGUCGUCUGCUAUUUUUGACAAGUAUAGAUAUAAUUUUUUGUUAUUGUUGUGUUAUUUAUAAAAAUGCGAUUAUAAAUUAUGUUAUUUGUUUAAAUUGUACAAAUUUGUAUCAAAUAACGAUACUAUAUUUUUGGAAUAUUGGAAAAUGACAGAAAAUGUAAAUACAGAAAAUAAGAAAACUAAGUUAAAAUCACAAUUUGUUGAGUUGGACGAUAACCCGAAAGAUACAAGAUGUUUAUUGUGCGAAAAUAUUUUUAUUUUACCUACAAAUGAAAAAGAUUUUCUCACUCAUAUUUUUACUGAACAUCGAUUAGUAAUUGGCGAUGUAAAUAAAAUUGCCAGCCUCAAAAGUUAUGUCAACUAUUGGCGAGUGAAAUUUCGCGAUGAACCAUUAACGAAAUUUUGUACAACAUUUUUAGGCGACUGUACGCCAGAUGGAAAAGCGAGUAAAAAUGAAAAUUAUUUUUUACUCUCGGAUUGUAUUGCUGAGGAUAAAACGCUUCGUAGUGAAUUGAGACGAGAAAAAUUGGAAUGGAUUCUUGAGGAGCAAUUACGAGAGAGAAGUGAUAAAAGUUUCCAAAGAGGUUGCAUGUUUUGUCGCACUGAAUUUUCCGAAUCUCGUAUAUUAUAUGUUAAACAUUUAUCCGAAAAGCACAAUAUUCAACUUGGAAAAACAGAAAAUUUAGUGCUAAUCGAUCAACUUUUAGAUCAAAUUGAAAAUAAAAUCGAAAGUUUAAUUUGCAUUUAUUGUGAAAAAGAAUUCAAGGAUCGUGCCGUUCUGAAGGAACAUAUGAGGAAAAAAUUACACAAACGAAUAAAUCCCAAUAAUAAAUCGUACGAUAAAUUUUACAUUAAUAAUUACUUGGAGCCAAAUUGCACUUGGAGAGAAAAACAGUCGCAGAUUGAAGAAACGGAAGACCCGAGCGGAUUUAGUAGUGACAAUGAGGAGGAAAAUUGGUCCGAUUGGAAUAGCGAGAAUGUCGAUGUUAAUUGUUUAUUUUGCCAAACAAUUAAAAAUGACUUUAACGAUAUUUUACAUCACAUGAAGGAAGAUCACGGCUUUGAUUUUGAUUUAAUAACGCGCAAUUAUAAUUUCUAUCAAAGAGUGAAAAUUGUCAAUUACGCACGCAAACAGAUGCACGUGAAAAGAUGUAUUUUUUGCGAUGGCCAUUUUGAACAACUCACUGAGCACAUAACACGGGAAAAUCAUUAUAAAUUGCCCGCAAAAGAGAUUUGGGAUCAACCCGAAUUUUAUUUUCCAAUGUACGAGAACGAUUCGUUUUUGUACAAUUUGGAUUCGAAUUGCAAUGAAGAUGAGGAUUCGUCUUCGGAAAUUUGUCAAUAGUUACGAAAAAGAUUUUUAAUUUAUAAAUAAAUAAUAUCUCUACUGAAGAAUACAAAUAUAAAUAAUAUCUUAAAAUUUU